AUGCCAUUAAGAUAUGAGAUAUUGGCAGGGGCUUCUCUGCAAGCUAUUACCACUCAUGGGCAACCGUAUGACUACCUACAAUAUGUACUACAAUGGCAGAAGACGAAAUGCUUGAAGGUCGGGAAACGGUGCACUCCAUAUGAGAAGUUCACUACUCACGGCCUCUGGCCAACCAACCUCUCCAAGAUAUUGACAUGCAAAUCAGCUUCAAAAUUUAGCAGCACUAUGCUGCAAAAUAAUGCUUCAUUGCUAUCGAAGAUGAAAAAGUCCUGGCCAAAUCUGGAGCAGAGAGUUGCCCAAGGAAAAGACAACGAUAUGUGGUUUUGGGCGAUGGAGUACGAAAAACACGGUAUAUGUGCCAAGUUUUCUAGCCAGAAUACUUACUUGUCAAAAGCAUGUGAUUUGUGGGAAGAAAACAAGAUUAAGGAGAUUUUUGAGCACCACAAAAUCUUUCCAACAAACGCGACGUCAUAUAAAGAUGUUUUGCUUAUGAAUGCUAUUGAAAUGGAAACUCGCAGUUCUCCUCUCCUUCUUUGCCAUAGAGUCAACGGCGAUUAUUUGUUGUGGGAGGUUGUUCUUUGCUAUGACGACACGGCUAAAAAACGGAUGAAUUGUUCUGAUCAAAGUGCAAGACAAACAAAUUGCGGAACGGACAUCUAUUAUAAAUAA